AUACCAGCAAAAUUCCUCUUCUCACCUACUCCACACAAAAUGGGAAACACCUCUAUCAAAGGGUAGUGUUGGCACAAGAAGCAUAUCAUACGGUAUCAUUCCCAACCCCAUGCCAUCGUCUACUAUUCUCAACAUGCCAUCAUCGGUGGAUUGCUCAUUGCUGAAGCAACUGGAGUUUUUGAAACUGCUCAAGGAUAGAAACUAGCAAACUAUAUCCUUGUGUUCUUAAAUGAUUACGCAGCCUUUGGAUACACUUCUUUGAUUUUGGGUUUGAAUUUGAAGGCAUCUAGACACAAGUGGGAUAUGGACCAAAUAGCAAGUAGAAACCUGGAAGCCAAUUGUGAAUGCUGUUCACUGGAAGGGUGGUGUCUUUCUUUUGUCAAAUCUGGCACGUCGGGUGAGCCUUCUCUUAUGGUAUGAUUAAGUUUCUUGAACAUCACCAAUGUCCAUGUCUAUUUUCUUUUCAGCCUAAUGAUCAAGCUUCAAUCCCCGGGACUUGAUGUAAUGGAUUGGUCGCCUCCUCGCCGGCUAAGAACUAACGAAAUCUCCGGCAUUGCCAACGAUUUUUGCCGGGAAAUGUCUUCCGGCUGGUAAGAGACGAGAAACUCACUUCGAAUUCACGAUUAUACCCCGACAUUUACUAUGAAGCUACGAAAAAGUUCGGGGGCAUUUCAGUUAUUUUAUCACUGUUCGUCGUUCUACGGAGCUGAGACACAUCAUCUCUGUGUGACCGAGAAAGCCGCACACGAAUUACCAUUCUGUGAUUCCGAAUUUCGCUUCAGUACUUCGGCGACCAAUUCCUUUGGCCGGACACUUACCGGAUUUUCAUCUCCGUUUAAUUCUCUCUAAAUUCUCAACCUCAAAAAGAAAUAAAAGAUGGCGAGCAGACCGGACGAGGAUUACGAUUACCUGUUCAAAGUAGUACUAAUCGGAGAUUCCGGCGUCGGCGAGUCCAAUCCACUCUCCCGAUUUACUCGCAACGAAUUCUGCUUGGAGUCCAAAUCUACUAUCGGCGUCGAAUUCGUGUCUGAACUCUGAAUAUGAUACCUGAUUGCUGAUUUCUUGAAUUGUAAAUCAAAUUUUGUUAAAUUAAUUUCUUUGUUUCGGUAUAUUUGUAGUGUUGAUUUGAAUUUCAUUUCUUGGAGAACUGGAUUUAGAUGCAGCAGAUCUGAAAUGUUUAUUUUAUACAAAUAAUUGUUUUUAGAUUUG